UGGUGCUGAACUCCUAAACGACAUCUCCCUAACUGGUCUUUUUAUAUUGAUGUUAACCUGCUGUUAACAGAUGAGGUGUAGCAGAUUUUUUUGAAGUUGUCUAUGAAGGCUCUGAGAGCGUCCAUGUUUUUCUGACUUCUCAACUGGAAUGUGGUCGACUCACAGGAGACGUCAGACCUCUGACAUAAAUGGAACGCAGCAUCAGAGCCUGAAGAACAACUGAUGUGGAUCUGACCAGUUACAGUCUGGACUAUAUCUGUGUGUAUGUGGGUAUUUUAUCAGCCAUUUGAUUUUCACUGUUCUUCUUCUUGUGUUUGUGUUUUUGUAAUUAAUUUAGAAAUUGUUGGUUUUAAUAAGAGCUAUAUAAAUCUGCAGCUCUGUGUAAUUAUAUUUGUGAAUAUUAAUAAGAUUUGAAUCUUUUACAGUUUAGUUUCUCACAGUAAAUCUGACUGUUAAAAGGGACAAACUUGUGCUAAAACAACCUUUAGUUUGGGUCAGAACAGCACUGAUGAUGAUGAUGUCAGUGUGACGGUGUUAGACUGAGUCCAUCUCUAAUCCUGCAACUUCGACACUGUGGAGGUGAAUUAUUUAACGACUGGUAAAUUACUUUCAGUGUCUGAUGGGACUCUGCUUUAAAAUAUGUUGUGUGUAAUACCAGGUGUCGACCAGCAGAUGUCGCCAUUUUAACUGUUUCAAACUCAGCGUCUGUUUCCUGUCAGUCACACUGAUCUGUCAAAACAGAAACAACUUCCUCAGUCAGUCACAUCACAACAUCAGUGUCACUCAGAAACGACUCAACUCAUUGACUGACACUUAAAAUCAGUUUAAAAGCUUUAGAUUUUGACCUGUUUUCCUGAAACUGAGCUGAGAUCAGCUGAUUGAUCUGUAAACUGGAUUUUUGGUUUCUGAGAGUUUCCUGGAUACAGAAACUUUCUGAUGUGUUUAAUGUUUAACGAGGUCUGUUACAGAGAUGAGAGGAUUCUGGUUUUAUGUUUCCUGCUGCACUGAAUCAGCUCAGUCAGACAGAAACUAUUUAGAAAUUAAAUUAAAUGUAGGUCUUUAUGAUAAAUUCUAUGAAUCAACAGAGAAAUAAUCACUGAAUACAUUAGAACCAAUUGACUGAUCACAAAUCAGAAGAAAAAAACUACAGGGUUUUGGCUUGGAGGUCACUGAUGCCUGUUUGGUGGCUUCCUAACGGGGAUGUUAAAAGCCUUCAUUAAAGGAGGAGCAGAAAGGUUUCAGGAAACCAGAGAGACAACAGUUUCUGGUCAUGGAGGCAAAAACUCAGGUUUGGGAGGAAGUUACAGAGAAGGACUUUGAGUCUGGUUCAGAGAGGUUCAGGUGAUUCAGGAGGAGACUUAGUCCAGACUUAUUCAGACUGUGGACACAGUUGGACAGUAGGAGCAGCUCUGAAUGAAGUUUCCUCUGUGGGGACAGAGUUGGACGACUCAGGGCCAGUCGGUGGCUUUUGACUGGCAGGCAACAACUGGCAUCACACUGCUCAGACACACCAAACAAGAAAUGAUACAGAUUCCCUCCUGAGCGGGUGUUGGACUCCACCAGGGUUGGUAAGAUCGUAUCUCUGUGGUUCUGCAGGUUUUAUCAGACCUCCAUGGGCACUGGGACAGUUUACACCACCUCCCAGUCUGAGGUCCUGGUGCUCUGCUGGAAACCAGUGGAUUGUUCCCUUCAGGUAGGUAGGGAGUCACUGCCCCAGGUGAAGGGGAGUUCAGGUAUCUCAGGUUCACCAGCUGGACUGGUGCUGUGUCAGGUGUAAAGUGGACUCUGCACUUGUGUUGAGUGGGUGAUCUCAGGUCCAGUCCUCAGCUUUUUACUGCUACAGUCGAUUGUAGUUAAUAACAGAAAGGUGUUAUGACGGCCAAACAAAACAAAGGAACCAGAGUGUGAAGCUGAUACAGGAUGAUCGGUCAAAUGUAUUUUCCUGAGAAUUUCCUUCUUCACCCUGAAACAUUGUCCAGUGGCCUUCUGUUGGCCUGAGGAGGGAAAUCCCCGGCUCGUCAGAGGAGGAAGAAGGGCUCUGAUUUCAGAGGAAUAAUUAAAUCUGAGUUUAGCUAUAAAGCAGCAGCUCACAGCCGCUGCUCUCACUUCACCUCAGACAUGUCGGCAUCUGCACCUGUAACGACAGUGGCGGCGGGCGGCAUGGUUGUGGUCACCCAUGUGAUCCCAGCACCUCAGGCUGCUGCUCCACAAAACUCUCCACAGGAAAACAAGAUUAGGCGGGUGCGACUGGUCGGACUUGGGACGGUGCAGAUUGUCGUGGGUCUGAUGGUCUUCCUGUUGGGGAUCAUCAAGAUUCGAUGUGGAUAUACACUGGAGUUUCAAAGCGGUGCUUUCGUCUGGGGAGCUGCAUGUGUGAGUGUGUUUUACUGCUGCAUGAAGACACUGAGCUGCUGCUGCAUUACAGAAACAAAGACAGGUCUGUCUGAAUCUGGUCUCUUGCAGUUCAUCACAGCUGGAUCUCUGACGGUGGCUGCUGGGACAUCGUUGAACUGCUCUCAGGUGAACAAAGCUCUGGGCUUCAGUGUCGCUGCUGUUUUUGCCUCAGCUGCAACCACCACCAUCUAUGUUCUGGAUGCUUCUGUUUUUUUUUGGGACAACUUCAGGCAGUGUUACUUUGACCACUACACAGGAUAUUCAGCAUCUUACAUAACAGACAACAUCAGUUUCUUCCAUCAGGGUUUUUCGAGUGUUUUGGCUGUUUUCUCCUGUCUGGAGUUUGUCAUCUCCAUGUGCGUCGUCAUUCUCUACAAAGCUUCCUGUUGCUCCACAGAUCAGCCAAUCAUCACCAUCAACCAAUCAGCUUCACCGAUGCCAGAGGGUUCGCCAACAUACGAACCCCCGCCCACCACUUCAGCCCCACCCACUACUUCAGCCCCACCUCCUGCAGAGAACACCUAUGAGUUGAUGAAGACAGAGUACAACACCACCAUUGUCAACACCUAACCCCACCCCCCACCGCUGCAGAGCACCAUGGAGAAGAAACAUCAGAGACCACCUGAUAAUGUUUCUACAGACUGUCUCUACAAUCAGUUUCAGAACGUCCUCACAGUGACCGUAGGUUGUUGUCGAUCAGUCCGUCAUUUCUGAUCCUGAUCUGUGAAUAAAACUGAAAUAUUUAUAAAUGAAUCACUGACCUGACAGAUUUCUGUUGGUUUUUCUGCAGAGAAAAUAAAUGUAUAUUUUUUAAACUAUGGCUGCAGCAGAGGGAAAAAACUGUGACGUGACAGACAUUUUCAUGAUAACAGAAUAAAACAUUUUUACUGAUCGCAUCGUCUGUGUCUGUGAUGAGACCAACAUUACUUAAACUCUAACGUCAGAAAAUAUCGUCAUUAUCACACUGUUACUGUGACUGAUGAGUUAAGAAGAUUAGUUCAGUGAUCGAGUAAUAAUAUAAAUCUGAUCUCAUCCUCUGAUGUCACUGAAUGUUUGGAUUUUUAGACAAAACAUUUGAGAUGGACUUUAACUGUUUUCUGACCUUUACAGAUUAAUCAAUUAAUCAAGAAGCUGAUUGGAAGAUUAAUAAAUAAUAAAAACAGUAUUAGUUGCAUAUUUUUAAAACUUAUUAUUAAUCUCACAACAUUAAACACGGGUCUGUUUUAUAAAGUCAAAACAUAUAACGUCUUUAUAGCUUGUGGUUCUCAACCAACCGACCAAUUAAUCAAUCAACCAACCAGUUAAUCAAGUAACCAA